GGGGACCCGAUGGCCUUCCGCGCGCUCGUGGCCCAGUGCCUGGUGUGCGUGCCCUGGGACGCCGGGCCGCCCCUCGCCGCUCCCUCCUUCCACCAGGUGUCCAGCCUCAAGGAGCUGAUGGCCCGGGUGGUGCAGCGGCUGUGCGUGCGCGGCAGUCAGAACGUGCUGGCCUUUGGCUUCGCGCUGCUGGAUGAGGCGCACGGCGGGCCGCCCGAGGCCUUCACCACAUGCGUGCGCAGCUUCCAGCCCAACACGGUGACCGACACGCUGCGAGGCAGCGGCGCGUGGGGGCUGCUGCUGCAGCGCGUGGGCGACGACGUGCUGGCUCACCUGCUGGUGCGCUGCGCGCUCUACCUGCUGGUGGCCCCCAGCUGCGCCUACCAGGUGUGCGGGCCGCCCCUGUACAAGCUGGGCUCCGCCGAGACCCCUAGACCGCAGCCCGGGCGACAUGCCGGCCGGACGCGAGCAGGCCGACAACCCACGCGCCGGACCUGGAGCAGCGACGCAGAGGCCGGGCAACCCCCGGGCCGGCCAGGCUUGGGUGGGAGGCGGUGUCGCACCCGCGGAAGUCUACCUCUGCCCAAGAAGCUCAGGUGUGGGCUGGCCGGUGAGCCCAAGUGCGGGGAGGGGCAGGGGGCCCGGGCGUCCCCGGGCACAGCGCCUCGGCCCGGUGACCACGAUGCCUGUGCGGUGGCACCUACCAGAGCCGCCUUGGAAGUCCUGGCAUCGGAAGGCAAGCCCUCUGGGACGCGUGGCUCCCUCCCACCGCUGGGCCGUGAGCCACAGGCGGGCUUCCCAUCCCCACUGCGGCCGCCGCGUCCCCAAGCAUGCAUCGAGACCAAGCACUUCCUCUACUGCUCGGGUGACAGCGAGCGGCUGCACCCCUCCUUCCUGCUCUGCUCCCUGCGGCCCAGCCUGACCGGGGCCCAGAGGCUCGUGGAGGCCAUCUUUUUGGCCUCGACUGCGCGGCCCCGCUGGAGGCGCCGCCUGCCCCCGCGCUAUUGGCAGAUGCGGCCCCUGUUCCGGAAGCUGCUCGGCAGCCAUGCGCGGUGCCAAUAUGGCGUACUCCUCAGGACGCACUGUCCCCUGAGGCCCGCGGGCGUUCCAGCGGCUGGGGCCGCCACCCCCAGGGAGCCCCCAGGACCUGUGGCGAGCCCCGGGGAGGACUUGGGCCCGCGGUGCCUGGUGCCCCUGCUCCGCCAGCACUGCAGCCCCUGGCAGGUGUACAGCUUCCUGCGGGCCUGCCUGGGCCGCCUGGUGCCCGCCGGCCUCUGGGGCUCCAGGCACAACCAGCGCCGCUUCCUGAGGAACGUGAAGAAGCUGGUCUCCCUGGGGAAGCACGCCAAGCUGUCGCCGCAGGAGCUCACCUGGAGGAUGAGGGUGCGCGACUGCGCGUGGUUGCGCCGGCGGUGCCCAGGGGAGGGCCGCGUCCCAGCCGCAGAACACCACCUCAGGGGGCAGAUCCUGGCCAGGUUCUUGCACUGGCUGAUGGGCGUGUACGUUGUUGAGCUGCUGCGGUCGUUCUUCUACGUCACGGAGACCACGUUUCAGAAGAACAGGCUCCUCUUCUACCGGAAGAGCGUCUGGAGCAAGUUGCGACGUAUCGGAGUCAGGCAGCACCUCCAGAGGGUGCGAAUGCGGGAACUCUCGGAGGCCGAGGUCCAGCAGCGUCGGCAGGCCAAGCCCGCCAUGCUGACGUCCAAGCUCCGCUUUAUCCCCAAACCCAACGGACUCCGGCCAGUUGUGAACAUGGACUACGUCGUGGGGGCCAGGACCUUCUGCAGAGAGAACAGGGCUUCGCGCUUCAGCUCACGGGUGAGGACUCUGUUCAGCGUGCUCAACUACGAGCGGACACAGCGGCCCAGCCUCAUGGGCGCCUCCGUGCUGGGCCUGGACGACAUUUACCGGGCGUGGCGGGCCUUCGUGCUGCGCAUGCGGGCCCAGGACCCACCGGCCAGGCUGUACUUCGUCAAGAUGGAUGUGGUGGGGGCCUAUGACACUAUCCCCCAGGACAGACUCACGGAGGUGAUCACCAGCAUCCUCAGGCCCCUGGAGGACAUAUACUGCGUGCGCCAGUACGCCGUGGUCCAGAGGGCUGCCCACGGGCAUGUCCGCAAGUCCUUCAAGAGAGACAUCUCCACCUUCACGGACCUGCAGCCAUAUAUGCAGCAAUUCGUGACACACCUGCAGGAGACACGCUCGCUGAGAGACGCCGUGGUCAUCGAGCAGAGCUGGUCCUUGAACGAGACGGCUGGAGGCCUCCUCGACGCCUUCCUGCACUUCCUAAAGAACAGCAUCCUAAGGAUUGGGGGCAGGUCCUACAUCCAGUGCCAGGGGAUCCCCCAGGGCUCUGUGCUGUCCACGCUGCUGUGCAGCCUGUGCUAUGGGGACAUGGAGAACAGGCUGUUUCCUGGGAUCCAGCAGGACGGGGUGCUUCUGCGCCUGGUGGACGACUUUCUGCUGGUCACGCCGCACCUCACACAGGCAAAGGCCUUCCUCAGGACGCUGGUCCGAGGGGUCCCUGAGUACGGCUGCGUGGUGAACUUGCAGAAGACAGUGGUGAACUUCCCAGUGGAUGACGACACCCUGGGCGGCACAGCUUGCAUCCAGCUCCCGGAGCAUUGUCUGUUCCCCUGGUGUGGCCUGCUGCUGGACACCCACUCCCUGGAGGUGUUCAGCGACUACUCUAGCUACGCAGGGACCUCCAUCCGGGCCAGCCUUGCCUUCCCCUGUGGCGCCAGGGCCGGGAGGAAACUGCGCCGCAAGUUACUGUCCGUGCUGCGGCUGAAGUGCCAUGCACUCUUCCUGGACCUGCAGGUGAACAGUCCACGGACGGUGUGUGUCAAUGUCUACAAGGCCCUCCUGCUGCAGGCCUACAGGCUCCACGCGUGCGUGCUGCGGCUGCCAUUCAACCAGCAGGUGCAGAAGAACCCCGCCUUUUUCCUGCAGAUCAUCGCCGACACAGCCACCCACUGCUACUCCAUUCUGAAGGCCAAGAAUGCAGGGGUGUCGCUGGGGGCUAGGGGUGCCUUUGGCCCACUCUCCUCCAAGGCUGUGCAGUGGCUAUGCCACCAAGCCUUCCUGCUCAAGCUGGGCCAGCACCGCGUCACCUACAAGUGUCUCCUGGGGAUGCUCAGGACAGCCCAGAUGUGCCUGAGCCAGAAGCUCACCAAGGCCACGCUGGCCAUUCUCAAGACUGUGGCACACCCGACUCUGCCCCCCGACUUCAAGACCAUUCUGGACUGA